GUCCAUCCGUUCAAACGCACAAUAACAACAUUGUCAUAUCAUCUGUCAUAUUAUCAAUCCAUCCAACAUGCAGUCUAUUAAAGUCACAAGUUCAGCACUUCUGUUGGCAGUGCUAAUGGUUUGUUGCAUGCAGCAGAUUGCGUCAGCUGGAUACAAUUUUGGAUAUGGCGUGAACGAUCCGGCCACCGGUGACAUCAAGGACCAACAGGAGACGAAGAACGGUGACCAGUUGACAGGCUACUACCGAUUGUUGGACUCAGACGGUUUGGUCAGAACAGUGAACUACCAAUCGCAUCCAUUGACUGGUUUCACAGCCCAAGUCAACAGGGACCCAAUCGGUUUGGAAGGUCAAGCCAAAUACCGUUCGGCGGAGGCUGCACAACAAGCUCGUACUUCAUGGCCUUCCAAUCUGCGCGCGCCCCUUGUACCCAGCAACCAAUACUUACGUUAUGACGAUGGCACAGGGUACGGACCUCUGGAAGGUUACCAACAGUGGUGAUAGGUAUCCAUUGGAACUAUCAUUCAUAGAUCACACUCAACCUAUGUUACAGUUUAGUAUAUACCUAUUCACUGGAACAUUGUAAGAUGUGUGUAAUAAUACAUUAUUUGUUAUUAUAUCUUUUUUCAUUACUACCACAAAUACACAAUAUUAUGCUGUUUAACAUUUAAAAGUAUGCCUUCUUUUUUAAAUUGUUAUCUUAAUAUACCAUUGCCAAUAAU